CGCCCCGCGGCCGGGGCUAGGCCGUGCGGCGGCGGCGCCGGGGGAUGCUCGUGCUGGGCCGGGCCUCUCCCUUCUCAACUUAGGGCGGCGGCGGGCCCGCGCCCCUGGCUCCCAGGCCAUGGCGCUGAGGGAGCUCAAAGUGUGUCUGCUGGGGGAUACAGGUGUGGGUAAAUCAAGUAUUGUGUGGCGGUUCGUGGAAGACAGUUUUGAUCCGAACAUCAACCCAACAAUAGGGGCAUCUUUUAUGACCAAGACUGUCCAGUACCAAAAUGAACUACAUAAAUUCCUCAUCUGGGACACAGCUGGACAAGAACGAUUUCGUGCCUUAGCGCCAAUGUACUACCGAGGCUCGGCUGCAGCUAUAAUUGUUUACGACAUCACGAAAGAAGAGACAUUUUCAACAUUAAAGAAUUGGGUAAAAGAGCUUCGGCAGCACGGCCCACCCAAUAUUGUAGUUGCCAUUGCAGGAAAUAAGUGUGAUCUUAUCGAUGUAAGAGAGGUCAUGGAGAGAGAUGCCAAGGACUACGCUGACUCCAUCCAUGCAGUCUUUGUAGAGACAAGUGCGAAGAAUGCGAUAAACAUAAAUGAACUCUUUAUAGAAAUUAGUCGAAGAAUUCCAUCCACUGACGCUAGCCCGCCUUCUGGUGGAAAGGGCUUCAAACUCCGCAGACAGCCUUCGGAGCCAAAGCGGAGCUGCUGCUGACCGGGCCUCGGCCCCCCGGGCUUCCCGAUGAAGUAGGUGGUCCUGACAGGUCUAGGGAGGGCUAGGCCCCGCCUCCGGGGGUCGCCUGCCAGUCUUGGAUCUUCUUCGGGCAACAAGGAUUCACAGGAAUUGACCGGUUUCGUCUCCCCUUUGGAGACUGCAGCAAUAAUACGUCAGUCUGUGGACUUCCGUCCUGUAAAGAAUCUCUGUGUCCACAGGGACUGCAUCGUUGGCUCCUGAUCUUGCUGAGAAGGAAUGUACAGUUGUGUGGAUGGUAGGAUGAGAUCAUUGAGUAGCUUUGUAGUCAAGAUUCUAUGUCACAUUUGUAAAGGGAAAAUUAGCACUUUCGUGGUUCUUGAGGGGAAAAAAAAUGACCUUGUGGAGACAUUCCUUCCCUUGGUUUCCCAUUGCCACUGUUAGAGGGAGUGGUAGCAUUUAGAAUGUGUGCCGUUACCACCAUGGACGGAUGGCAGUUAUGAUCGUCUGAAGCUGACGUGGGUUGUUUCUGGGGCUGAUGGAGAGGCACCCACCCCUGCCGUCUCUGAUGCACUUUCCAUUGGGCGCAGCAGCCCAGGACCCUGUCGCACCUGUGUCCCCAGGCACGUCACUGUCACCUUUUUACGUAAGCUCUGACGAUCGAAAUGGUGGUGGUAGAGAGGCUGCCUGGAACAUGUUGAAUUGCAGAUUCAGUUUAAACUGACUAGCUAUGUUUUCCAAAAGAAGAGAGGAAGCCCAGAAAGUGGAGUAAAUGCUGUCCGUUUUUUAUUUAACCGAGCUGUCUUGGUGGGGGAAACAGUUAUCUGCCGCUUGCUUAGCACAUGUAAAGUUGUAGUCAUAUAUUUAUGAGACCACUGCUUACAGAUUAUAAAUUAUGUAAAUACAUUAAUAAAUUCUAUGUUUCGUUUAACACUCCAUUCACUCUUGUCCCCGGCCUGGCGCGCGCCCCCCAUUUCUCAGUCCGUGAGGUUCUUUGAAGCACGUUUACGUGGUGCAGAAGCAUAGAGCAUGUGGCUCCGGGUUGGCAAGGGUUUCUCUGCCUUCUCUCCCACCACCCCUCCCCUGCAGUCCCGUCUGGAAACCCCUGUGCAGACAGAUGCCGCUUGGAGAAGCCUGACUCAUCCCUCCUCGCCUCGGGGUACAGGACCAAGCUCCUGAGCCCACGUGAUUUACCUGGUCUUGGAAAUAAGCUGCUUCCAGCUUUCACAGCAGCCUCAGACCAACUCUUUGAAGAGCGCUUCUCUUGUUAAUAAUUCCGCGUCUCUUUCCCUUAUUUUCCCCUGCCUCUCUUAGUGGUUAACACUCUUUUCCCUCAGGGAGCCUAAUGAGCUUUUUAAUAUAAUCUAAAAAUAAAGCACUGAAGUGAAGUUGGUGAAAAUUUGUUCCUGGUCUAAUUUGGCACCCUUCCAACCUGAGUAUUGUAAGGGAAGGAAAUUUACAAGAUUAAAUAGGAAAUGAAACAGCUUGAAUUUCAAACCAAAUUGUGUUUUCAGAGCUAUCCUUAAACUGAACAGUCAAAACUUUUAAAAAUAAUGGUUAUUUGUUCAUGCCCCCCACUUGAUACGGUUAGAUUUUAAUGGGAAAAUUAUAACUCAGAUUAAGUGAAAAACAAUUCCCUUCCCCAUGGUGUAUAUCUUGAGCAUUUGGAAUUGUUUAUUCUAUUAUUGAAAUCAUAUAGAAGGAAUGUAGGUAGUGAACAUUCUCAAGUUGCUUUGUUUAAAGUGCGUAGGGACUGUCUCCUCCCCUGGCAUCUAGCUUUCCUCCCCAGUGUGAGAUUAGCAAGAUUUGGACAGCGUGCGUGAUUCCAGGGCCGGGCACUUCAUACCUAAGGGUGGUUAGGCUUUACUUCAUAUACAUCCAAAUGGACUGGCCAUCAGGCCACUGCCCUGGUUGGUCCCUGACAUUCCCACCACCAGGCCUCUGUCUCCAUGACAACAAAAUAAAAACACUCGACUUAGCAAGAGAUGAGGCGUGUGUGGCCCUUUCUUAUUUCACCAAAAGAUGACACAGAUCUGAUCUAUGACCUUGACUUUUUUUCCACCACAGCUGUCCAUCAGCGUGGCUGAUUUCAUGGUGUCGGGGUGCACAGGGAAGGUCGGGCAGCGUGCUUCCAUGCCUCUCUGGUGGGUGAGGCCUCCCCUCCAAGCGUCUCUCACCCCAUUGUGACGUGGGCUGCACAGAGCCCAGCACAGUCCAUCCUUCAGCCCCCGCAGCUGCCGCCUUCUCCUGAUCCUCGUGGUCCUUCUCACCUGCUCCCCACGUAGUUCGGGGGCCUCUCUUGCCCUCGUUUUCCUCAGUCUGUCUCGGAAAUCACUGUGGCUCUGUACCUCACAUGAUGUCUUCUUAAUACUCAACAAUAACAACGGCACCUUGCUCUCUCAGAAUCCAUAAUCCAUACUCGAUGAGAACAGGGGAAUAGAUGUUUUCCUUUACCUUGUUUGCUUCUAAAGCACAAGGAUGGAUAUUAACAUCAGAAGCAGUGUUUUAUUUUGAGCCCACUUUGGAUUAUUCACCUGAGUAAACAGUGAUUUAAUACAUGUUUCAUACAUCCUUUAUUCUUACUUCUUAUCAUGAGAAAAAGCUAGCUCGUGAAGGAAUUGAGACACAGCCCACCUAUAAAAAUCUGCUUUCAGUUCUCUUAUGACGCAGGGCCAUCUUUAAAAACUUGGGGGACUGAAAAGAGAAAAGCCAUUCAUUAGCUCUGAGUGUCUGUUGAUUCCUCUCAGAGAAAUGAAAAUCAGGUCUUUGCUGACGUCCAGUCCUAGGAACCAGUGAUCUCCAGAACUCUUGUUUCACACAAGUGUUUUUCUGAUUCUGUGAUAACUCAUUAAUUAUCAUUUGGUGAUUAAAAGAACAUAAAGGGGGAGUAUGAUUAAGUGUCCUUCAUCUUAAACUCUCUUUAAGAAGUGAUUAAGGAGAAGUACCUACUGCAGGUCCUUCUGGUUCUAAAUGAAACCUCCAUCACCUGCUCUUCAGCCACAGUCAGGCCCACGUGCUACACGUUGCAACGGAAAGGUUUGGUUCCUGUAAAAUAACUCACUUCCUUGUCACCCAUGUAUGAUUUUGUGGGAAGUGCCUGCCCCCCAUUGUAUACACACUUGCUGGGUGCCUCCUCACAUCUGAGAGGACUGGACCCUUUGUGCCAGAGGCUCCAUCUCUUAAGUGGGCCGGUGUCCUUCUUGAGGCGAUCAGGUUUUGUUAUUUCUACAUGUGUAGAAAGGGAAAGAAAACCACAUUUACUUCCAGAACUUCUCUUUACGUUUUUGUAUUUAUUUCUUUUCUGUUCUCAAGAAGGAGCAUAGGUCUGUGAGACCUUCUAAAUUAAACCCUGACAGAGUAAUGAAAACAUCCUCAGAUGACAUUGCAUGGCUUUCCUGGAGACGUCAGACCAGCGUAUCCAGACUGUUACAGCAUCACAUUAAAAUGGGCAAGUUUAAUUGAGACAGCAGUACACUAAUUGGCAUGUCAGCCUCAGAGCUUGAAAAGGCAUUUGUUCACUGUUAAAUGCAUCCUUCAUGGUCUGAGAGUACGUUUCAAAAGAGGUUAUGUAAAUUCUUAUAAGCAUCUUUUCACUCUUUUUUUUUUUUUCCAGAACACACUGAGAACGUGAUUCAUGGCCCCUUAGUAUAUAAGAAAUAACGUGUGCAGCAUGUUAUAUAUAUGACAGACGAGACCCCCAUACAUUCAGAUGUCUCUGCAAGAACCUGUAUAAGCAGUGAGGAAACUUUUCCCCCUCUGGGAAAAGUCACUGGAAUUCCCUUCACUCUCAUCUAUACUAGAGACCCACUGUAGAACAUCUGGGGGUAAUGACAGCCCACAGACUCAGGCUGCCUUCCCUCUCUCAACUCAUUAAGCUACAAAUGUUCUCCCCCAUCUCCGUAAUGAAAGUUAAACGACAGUGAUAAGCUGGAGAGUGGAAACCUGUGAAAAUCCUUCCUUAUUUAAAUUUGUUGUAAAGGGACGAGCAGCAUGACUUGUCUGCAGGAGAUCGUCUCCCUCUUUAAAGUUAGUAUUUUUUAAAAGAAGAAAUAGGGUGUACCUUCAGGGGUCGAGCAGUGACCAUAGACCUGCUCUCACUUACACAUGGUCCAUCAAAAAUGUUUCAAUGAUUCAGAGUAAUGUUUAGGAGAUGUGUACUAACUCCUAUGGUACUGUGAUUAAAAAAACAGUCCAAGCAACAGAAUUAUCCAGGAGAUAAACACGAUGCUGUAUGGUUUUAGCAGAGGGAAGUGGGGGUAGAAUUUGGCCUUGGACUGAAAGAAAUGACCCCUGCCCAUUUCUCUUGACAACAGGGUUACUUGUCUCAACUUCCAGUAAUAGAAAUCCAGGCAAUGUGAUCAUCCGAUUUGCAAGAAACAUUAGUGAAAUUCUGGGACAUUUGUCCUGUUUUAUGUGCAAAUGAAAGUUCAAAAAAAAAUUAAGAAGGUGUUACAUUUUUCAGGAGCCUCCACUUUUUCAGUCCAAGAGGAUGAUAUGUGAGUGACCUGUUAUGAUGAAGUUUCAUUAGACAUAAUGAAGAAAGGGAAUGAAUAGAACCAAGAAUCUCCUUAUUUCUGUUUGUCCUUCAGGAUUCUCUUAGCAUAUAAGGAAAAUGAUUUACCCUCCAAAUCUAGAAGGACUUCCAGAGUCAUAGAUCAACUUUAAUUUUUGGUCUGUACCAUCAGAAAUAACUAAUGUCUGUGUUCCUUCCUCUUAGAGCAUAAUCAAUUCCAGAUAGGUUAGAAUAUGUGUGGCUUCCAAACAAAAGGAUUCAGAAGUUUAAUAAAAAGAAAAGUCUUGAAUCUUCCAUCUUUUCCUUUUAUUACCUUCAACAUUUUAAGUAGAUAGUAAGAUUAGGAUCUAUCAUCAGUAGAUACUAGAGUUAAAACCAUGGAGUCAACAAAUUUAACCGAAUUUUUUUUUUUUUAAUUCAUUGCCAGUUCAUUUUCAGAUCAGUGUGGAUGGUCCUGGAGUCCAGUGCCUCAUCAAAAUGCUUCAUAAUGGAAACAAAUAAAAUUCUGGAUAGCUUUCCAUGAGCGGGAGUUCAAGUGCCAAGAAUUCAGCUAGUUAAUGGGAAAUCCUCAGAUAGUACUGAUUGCUUUUUGAAAGCGCCUUCUCUAAAUUGUUAGUUUUAAAGUGUAGACCUUAAUCAUCUUGUUAAUCCUGCAAAAGAAACAAAACACACUGGUUUGAUGCAGCUUCUUGAUUUGGGGAACUUCAUGUUUCCGGAAGCGAAUGGUUUAAUGCAAUACUGAAGAAGAAAUCCAUCUUUAAAACAGCAUUUCACACACAGAGCCAGUAAUCUUCACUCAGAAUUAAAAUUGUUCAGAAAGCACCCACCUUUCAGGUCACAGAGAAAAGCCCACCACCCCUUCUUCCACGAGGCAAGGCCAAAGCCCACAUUGAGCACCCAGCUGCCAUGGGGCAGGCCAGGGCUACAGGGAACACGCCCCCCCUCCCCCCAACUUCAGAAAUAGUCAGCAGCCCAUUAUUUCACGUUGGAGCUUAACAAUUAAUCGUUACUGAUUUUUUCAUGAAAUUUAUACUUGAAUUGUCAGUUCGACACCCACCCACCCACCCCCACUGGAAAAACCUUGAAAGCAGGGCUUAAACUUGUAUACCUCCGCUUACUUUGCCCAUGAGGUUAUUACACAGUUUAGGACACUUUUUCUUAAUAUGGAUUAUGCACGUAAUGUCAGGUCAGUCCAGUGUGGGGAGAGUUACCAGCAUCUGGUUGGUCAGAGCCACCGGUGGGUGCCUCUGUUUUUAAACCAUUUGUUGUGUCGUGUGGAUAGAGUUUAUGGCCCUGGAAAAGAUUUCCUUCUUUCACUCUCCUCCAGCAGCUCAAUCUCUCCAUCAUCCCACGUUACAAGUCCCUCACACAAUGGUCCAUCACGCCUCUGACCUUCUUAAGAGUUGACGUCUUGACUUCCUUGUGAUCGAGGCCGUGAUUCUUGCCUUAUUUCUCCUCUUUUUGCUGCCAGCUCUCCCUUAAAGACGCAGGGCACCCGCCACCCCCUCAGCGUGUGCGACGUGCCUUCCUGUACUGCCUUACCUGGUCACAGCAACGAGAUUUGCCCAGCUCGUCCCACGAGGUGGGAAAAGCAAGAGGCAACCAAUGACGUCAGACAACACACAGGUUAAUUUAGGGGGAGAAGUCUAGUAUUUCCAGAGAGGAGAUGGGCAGUACUGGUUUACAGUGGCCAUGUGACCAUGUCACAAAAUGUUUUCAACCACUGGCAACGAGGCAGGUUAAGUGUCAGAACUUUGACUUAGUUUGUACUAGAACAUUUGUUAAACUUUGGAAAAACCCUAAGGCUAAAGUCUUGAAAGGAGAUACGGAGAUAGAUGAGCCUAGACAUUUAAAAAAAUAAAGCUAAGCCGUUGUACCAGCAAUUCUUAUUUCUCCUAAGAAUGUCAUGCCUUUUCAAGACCUGAUGCAAGGAGUAAGAUAUUUGUGCCUUUUUCUAAUAGUGUCUAUUAUGGGAAAAAGAAAAUCAAGUUGCUUACAGUUUAGACCGCCUUGUUGCACUAUAAGCAGCCCAGAUUCAUAGCCAUGGCUCCCCUGCAUGAUGCAUUGCUUGACUACCUGUGAUGAAAUAUUGUAAUGAUGGUUUGCCGAGCUUGUAUGAAUGUUUGAAGACUUUAUUUUUGCAGUCAUAACCUUGGGCUGGACCUAAGUCUAUAUAUAAACCAUAUGGUGUCUGUAUUGUUUGUAGAUGCUGACGAAAGAAAACUUGAUCUUUUGAUUUUUGUUGUAAGAUUUUUCUUUUUAUGUUUAGGCUGGUAGUAGAUCAUUUGCAAAUGGUGGUUGAUUUGGCAUACUUCUAAAUUGUAUUGUUUCAGCUUGGAUAUUCUAUACUAAACUUUUAUAGAGUCUAACAUGCUAAGUCACUACAAAAUUUGUUGUAUUGUAAGGCGAGUGUAAACAUUUUGUUAAUAAAGUGCUAUGUUUACAGAUAA